AUGCCAAUGUCAAUCAUCCGUAACUCCCGCGGCACGGGGAAAACAACCAGCAAAGCGCCAUCCGAUCGGUUCACGGGUGACGUCUGGGUGGACAGCGCAUUCUCCGAUGGCAAACUUACCAUGGCAAAUGUGACAUUCACUCCAUGCGCCCGUACCAACUGGCACACACAUGAACACGGGCAAUUUCUUCAAAUAAUUGCAGGAUCAGGCUGGAUCUGCGACAAGGGUGAGGAGCCUCAGCUGGUGAAAGUUGGGGAUUUGGUCUGGUGCCCUCCCGGCACCACGCACUGGCAUGGGGCAAGUGCUGGGAGCUAUAUGACGCACCUAGCAAUUGGCUUUGGCAAGGCUGAGUGGCAUGAAGCGGUUCCGGAUGAAGAUUACAGUAAAGCUGAGUAG